AUGUCUGCAUCAACUUUAUUAGAAAUUGGUAAUAACUUAAUACAAUCACCAUCGGUCACAACAGAAAUCAAUAAUCCAACUAAGAACCGUGGAAACUAUGUAAAAUCGGCCUGUCGACCAUGUGCAAAGUUAAAAAUUAAAUGUACUGGUGAAAAGCCUUGUGAUAGAUGUACUAAACAAAAGAUAGUUUGCAUAUACGAGGAACCUAAAAAACGUGGUCCUAAGGAGGGACAACCAGUUCGUCGUUCACGAUCUACUAGUUGUGAUAAUCGACAUAGACGACAAGAUGAUUCACGGUCAUCGCCUAUUCGUCGUUCACGUUCCUCCAGUUGUAAUCGAAGACAUGAAGACACUAGUGCGGUCGACAACUUGACAUUCAUGCCCCAAACGUUUUACCAGAAUCAACAACAUCUCGAUGCAUCUCCAGAAAAUAAUUUACAAACUAGUUAUUUUGAACCUUUUAAGGAAACUAGAGUAACUACAGGUUUCGAACAAGAUAAUAAUAAUGCACUUGAUAUUCAUUUUCCAAACGCAUUAUAUUCCCCAAAUAAUAAUCAACAUCUCAGUGCAUCUCCAGAAAAUAAUUUACAACCUAAUUAUUUUGAACCUUUUGAGGAAACGAUAGUAACUACAGAUUUCGAACAAGAUAACAAUAAUAUAUUUGACAUUCAUUUUCAAAACGCAUUAUAUUCUCCAAAUAAUAGACAACGUCUCGGUGCAUCUCCAGAAAAUAAUUUAUCAACUAAUCAUUUUGAAACUUUUAAGGAAACUGGAUUAACUACAGAUUUCGAACAAGAUAACAAUAAUGCACUUGACAUUCAUGUUCCAAACGCAUUACAUUCUCCAAAUAAUAAUCAACAUCUCGGUGCACCUCCAGAAAAUAAUAUACAAACUAAUUAUUUUGAACCUAGAGUAACUACAGAAUUCCAACAAGGAAGCCAACAAUCCGAUAACGACGGAUUCAAUUACUUGGAUACCGAUACAGUGACCAAUCAAUUAAUACCAUCAAACCCUCCGAUCAUGAUAACAAUUGUUCUUACAUUUUCAGGGCAAAGACCCUAUAACGAUAAUCCUCAACCUAUACAAAUUCAGCAAGAUAGUCAUUGCCAAUAUGAAUAUCAUGAAACGCAAAAUGACAUUAUGGUUAAUCAAGCAAAUUCAUAA